AUGUGUACCGCAGCUCCCCAAGACGGGGGCACUAAUCCAGAACACUUGAAAGACAAGCUCAAGCAUCCGUUCAACGACCUGCGCGAGAAGUUUCGAGAUACGAAGCUCUACGACUUGAAGGUUGGAUUGAUCAAUAAGAAGCAUGAGCUAGGCAAGUUCGCCAACUUGGUAAACCCGAACCACAGACACGACGAGGAGCACGAAAAGGAGACCGACGACAAGAGAACCAAAAUCUGUGAAUCGCAUCGCUUCAAGUCUUUCGCUCCUGAGAGGCCGGGAAAUAAUAUCAAGUGGUAUGUUGAUGGACAGGAUUACUGUUGGGCCGUCUCAAUUGCGCUCGAGCGUGCGAAGGAGACGAUAUUCAUUGAAGAUUGGUGGUUGUCACCGGAGUUGUUCAUGCGCAGACUUCCGUACUACAAUCAGGAAUGGCGCCUCGACCAGAUCUUGAAGAGCAAAGCAGAGGAGGGUGUGAAGAUAUAUGUCAUUGUGUAUCGAGAAGUAGAGGCUGCUUUAACCUGCAACUCUGCGCACACCAAGCAUGCUCUCCAAGGCCUCUGCCCCAAAGGUACCAAGGGUCACGGAAACAUUAUGGUAAUGCGCCAUCCCGAUCACAAUGUCCUCGAAAAUGCUGCCGACAUGACCUUCUACUGGGCACACCACGAAAAGUUUAUCGUCAUCGACUUCAACACUGCAUUUAUCGGUGGUAUCGAUCUCUGUUUCGGCCGCUGGGACACCCAUCAGCAUCCUCUCGCUGAUGUGCACCCCGAGGGUGUGGCGACGGAGAUCUGGCCCGGUCAGGACUUUAACAAUAACCGCGUGAUGGACUUUCAGUCCGUGGAUGAUUGGAAGAGCAACGAGUUGAGCAAGGCGGAGUAUGGACGCAUGCCGUGGCAUGAUGUUGCGAUGGGAGUGGUGGGAGACUGUGUUUAUGAUAUCGCUGAGCACUUUGUCCUGAGAUGGAACUUCGUCAAGCGAGACAAGUACAAGAGGGAUGGCCGGUACGACUGGCUUACCCUCGAGGGCCGCGAAGGUGCGGACGAAGAUCUUGUUGGAGUUCAGAGACCUAAGCACCCAGUUGGAGACUACAUCCACCACCCUCUCACUCCAUUAAGCGGCAAGAGUCUCGGAGACAAGCAAGGUACAGUCAACGCCCAGAUCGUACGCAGCAGCGCCGACUGGUCCAGCGGUAUCUUGACCGAACGCAGCAUUCAGAACGCUUACUCCGAACUAAUCCGCAACGCACAACACUACGUUUACAUCGAGAAUCAAUUCUUCAUCACCGCCACUGGCGAGCAACAAUCACCAAUUCGCAACACUAUCGGCCGCGCAAUCGUCGACGCUGUAGUCAAAGCCUCAAAAGAGGGACGAAAAUUCCGUGUCAUUUGCCUCAUCCCCUCUAUUCCCGGCUUUGCAGGCGAUCUAAGAGAAGAUGCCGCGCUGGGAACGAGAGCAAUUAUGGAUUAUCAGUACAAGAGCAUUUGCAGAGGCGAGCAUUCUAUCUUCGGACAGAUUGAGAAAGAGGGCGUUGAUCCCAAAGAAUAUAUCUUCUUUUUCAAUCUCCGUUCUUACGAUCGUUUGAAUGUAACUCCCGCCGUUAAGCAACAAGAAGAGAAGUCGGGCGUCAAGUACCAGGAAGUUCAGCGCGCUCAGGCGCAGGAGAUUAUGGAUUCCGGAAUUCAUGGCUCAAAGGAUCAAGAUGAGGGCGCUGAUACGCACAUGGGCAUGAAAGGCGCUCUUGAUCCGAGAGAUGACUCUGGUGAUGAGAGCACAGAGAAGAAAACCGAUGCGAAAAGGAAGUUUGAGCAGGCAGGUGAGAACAAGCAGCCCGAGAGCACCGACAGCGUUGCCAAGAACGCGAUGCUCGACACUCCCACUCUGGUUGACGAGAAGUGGGAAGGGGGACUGGAUACCGAGGUAGACAACUGGAUCCAAGAAGAGCUGUAUAUCCAUGGAAAGGUUAUGAUCGUGGACGAUAAGCACGUCAUUUGCGGCAGCAGCAACCUAAACGACCGCUCUCAACUUGGAAUCCACGACUCGGAACUCAGCAUCGUGAUGACAGACACGAAGAUGGUUAACACUACGAUGGGCGGCCAGCCGUAUGAGGCAGGAUAUCAUGCAGCCACACUUCGCCGCUACCUCUGGCGCGAGCAUCUCGGUCUUCUUCCCCCACAAGAUCUAGAUGGCAAGGAUGACCCGAAUGCCCAACCACCUGAUGUACCCAAUGACAUCAAAGAAGGCAACACAUUCGACUUCGUCGCUGAUCCUCUCUCUGAUGAUCUGUGGGACAUGUGGACGAGCAGAGCAUCGAGAAACACAGAAGUCUUCAGGCAACUGUUCCAUGCUGAUCCUGAUGACAACGUCAAAAACUUCGAUGACUACGACAAGUUCCUUCCUCCCAAAGGCACGAAGAGCGGCCACAUCUACGACAAGAUGAUCCCUCCAAACGAGAUCCGCGCGAAGCUGGAUGAGAUCAAGGGCCAUCUGGUGUGGAUGCCGCUGGACUUCUUGCGGGAUGCGGAAAUGGCGGAGAAGGGGCUGCAGGUUAAUAGUUGGACGGAGAGUGUUUAUACUUAA